AUGGUCCCUAUGUUCCACUUGUCAACUCAGUCUUUGUCACAAAUCAUAAAUAAAUUGAUAAGUGUGAUUAUGGAGGAGCAUGCUGUACUUCUCAACAAUUUGAAUUCAUUGCAGUGGUUUAAUAGGGAGAAGUUGGAGUAUAUGCACAGGCUAUUCAUAAUAAAGGAGCACCUAUGAAUAAUUGUUGGGGUUUCAUCGAUGGUACAGCAAGGAAAAUUUGUCGACCCUCUGAAAAUCAAGGAGUAUUAUUCAGGACACAAAAGGUAUCACUGCAUAAAAUUCCAAUCAAUAAUUUGUCCUGAUGGAAUUAUUGUUUUUGAAAGGCGCAUAUCCGGGAAGAAGGCAUGAUGCCAGAAUAUUUAGGGAGUCAGGUAUCUCUGAAGAAUUAGUGCAAAAGACAUGUUUUGACACAAGACGAUUUGUUUUAUUUGGUGAUCAAGGAUAUGGGCUGAGUGUG